AGUUCCUUCUCAUCGUCUCGUACAUUAUAGUCGUGCAGAAAGUAACAAUAAUAUUAGUUAUGCUAAUUCCGAGAGAGAAGUUAUUGAGAUAUUAGUAGCUUUCCGAUUCUGAAUGGCUGGGGCUCUCAAUCCACCUGUCCGCCUGGAUGUUGUUAUCAUAGGUGCUGGAAUAAGCGGUCUCGCAACUGCUAUAGAAACUGCAUUGUCUGGCCACAAUGUAACUGUAUUCGAGACAGCAGAAGGGCUUCAUGAGAUCGGGGCUGGGAUACAAAUUACGCCAAAUUCUUCACGCAUACUACAACGCUGGGGCCUUUCGGACGACUUGUGGGCUUCGGCUGCUGAGCCUACAUCUUUAACCGUCCGCCGAUACUCUGGUGAGGUCUUAGUUGUAGAGGAAAACUGGAAAGAGAAGAUACGAGCAAGAUAUGGUGCUCCUUUCAUCGAGUUGCACCGGAUUGAUUUCCAAACCGCACUUUACGCACGUGCUAUAGAACUCGGUGUACAAUUUCGAUUUGGAGUGAGGAUCAGCGGCGUGAAUUUCGAGACGGGGGAGGUCACAAGCCAAUCCGGGGCGAAAAUACGGGGAGAUCUGGUUGUUGCUGCCGAUGGUCUGUGGUCUUUUUGCCGGGCACAGUUCCUCCCCAAAGACUUUGAAGGCGUCCCAAGACCGACCGGUGAUUUGGCAUAUCGAUUAGUUCUCAAACUGGAUCAAAUUCAGGAUCCUGAGUUGAGGGAAUGGGUAAGCAGCCCAAAGUGCAAUAUCUGGAUGGGCCCCAAGUCACAUGUUGUUGGAUACUCGCUCCGAGGAGGAACUGAGUUUAAUCUGGUGCUGAUGGCCCCGGACGACUUACCAAAUGGUAUCAGUCGUCAAGCAGGCUCUGUAGAGGAGAUGAGGGCGCUUUUUAGGAAUUGGGAUCCGAUCUUGAGCAAGUUUCUGGGACUCGUUAGUUCUGUUAAAAAGUGGAAGUUGAUGCAUCGUAAAGAAAUGCGGAGAUGGAUCCACGAGUCUCCCAAUAGCAACUUCGCCUUUGUCGGCGACUCCUGCCAUCCUAUGCUGCCGUACCUCGGCCAGGGGGCUAACUCUGCUAUCGAAGACGGUGCCGUUCUUGGCCGCUUACUAGGAUAUAUCCAAUCUAAGGAGCAGAUCGGCAAGGUGUUGAGGAUGUACGAGCAACUUCGAAAACCACGGGGAGACGCUAUUGUGAAGGAAACCUUCGGACAACGCGACGUAUUUCAUAUGAUCGAUGGCCCCAGGCAACGGGCACGAGAUGAGUUACUAUUAUCGCAGAUAGACAUGGAAGUCAAGACAGCCCCUUUUCCAAUUCGCUGGUGUUGUCCCCGGGUGCAACCCUGGUUAUAUGGCUAUGAUGCAUGUGUGGAAGUCGAUAAGGCUGUUAGCGAGAACCCCUUUAUCAUUCUUCAGGGGAAAGAUUCGGACUUAGACAAUAGCGGUACUGCACUUGAGAAUUGAACCUUUAGAGAAUCGCGGACAAUCCAAAGCGCGAACAAGGCACGCAAUCUCGCUGCGCUCGAUGCAUAUAAUGAAUCUAAGCAACUUUGAUUGGAGGCUUUUCACGGUUCGAUGUCAAUGAGA